UGAUCAGGAUGAUAGAAACAAUUUAUUAAUUCUUACAAGGAAUUAUUUCCUAAAAAAAAAAGUAUCAUAGGAAAGGUAAUGAUUAAUCUAUUCUAUAAGAAAAAAAGAAGAAAUCUGAUUGCAAACUUACUGGUAUUAUCUAACCAGUAUAAAUAGAAGUGCACUUAGAGAAGGCAUAGAAUGACAAACCCAUGAUGAAUUGUUAGGGCAUGUUGAGUUGGUUCUGUCAAUGCCUGCAGUCAGAUGAUUUCACUGGCUGUACAAGAUGAAAUCUCAUAUUUCAAUGUUUAAGUAAAAGUGUCAAAGUUCAGCUGGAGCAGGGACGAAUACAGAACAAAUUUUGUGUGUAUUUGUAACUAGGGCACCAGAGCAAUAGAGGAAGCCAAAAUGAGCCGGAAAAACAAAAGGAGCUUAAAGGAGAAAUUUUCCUUGAAGAACAGCCUGGUUAAAGAAGCCCUCUCAGAGUUCCUGGGAACUUUUAUAAUGAUAGCUCUGGGCUGUGGGUGUGUGGGCCAGGCCGUGCUGAGCCGCGGAGUGCAUGGAGGGCCCAUGACGGUGUCGGUGGGCUUUGCCAUGGCAGUCACCAUAGCUGUGUAUGUUACCGGGGGCGUUUCUGGUGGUCACAUAAACCCAGCUGUUUCAUUAGCCAUGUGCGUGACUGGAAGAUUAAAAUGGACCAAAUUACCAAUUUACAUAUUAGCACAAUUCCUGGGAGCAUUCGUUGGAGCAGCGGCUGUCUUUGGGAUUUAUUACAAUGCCUUUAUGGAGUACAGUGAUGGAAAACUUGAAGUCACAGGACCAAAUGCAACAGCACAGAUCUUUGCAACAUAUCCAGCUCCCUAUCUGUCCCUUGUAAAUGGAUUUGCAGAUCAGGUGAUGUCAACAGCUGUUCUUCUUCUGGCUGUAUUUGCUAUUUUUGACACCAAAAAUAAGAGUGUUCCCAAGGGCCUGGAGCCAAUUGCAGUAGGACUUAUUAUAAUUGUUCUUACUUGCUCCUUGGGAAUGAACAGUGGCUGUGCCAUGAACCCAGCCAGGGAUCUUGGCCCAAGGCUCUUCACAGCCGUUGCAGGAUGGGGGAUGGAAGUAUUCACGGCUGGUAAUAAUUGGUGGUGGGUUCCUGUAGUUGCACCUCUGCUGGGAGGUGUACUUGGAGCAAUGACCUAUGUCAUUUUUAUUGAAAUUCAUCACUCAGAUCCUCAGCCAGGAGAAGAAAAUGAUGUGCACACUAAAUAUGAAUUGACCAAUAUGGCAUAAGAAGAGAAGAAUUUUCUGUCAUUGUGUUGUGUAGUUUUUAUGCAAAUGGUUGUUUGGACCACUGUAUGAAAUCCAUUUGUCUCAAUUAGAAAUUCACCUUUCAAAACAGACAUUCUGUACAGAAGUUCACAACUGAAGUCUUUCCAUGAAACAUUGGGCUGAUCAUAUUCAAAACUGGUAUCUUGAGUAUGGGAAGGCUAAAUUGUCCUUUCCAUAUGGCUUUUAGGUCAAGUUAUCCUAGAUACAAUUGUGGUGAGAUGAUGCACUGGUCUGUUACUUCAACUCAUAUGAUGUUAAUCAUGCUGUCUAAUGAACUGAAAAUAGUUGAAAUUGAUAAAAAACUGCAUGCAUAGCUAGUUAAUGAGUUCAGUGCUGAAUUAAUGUGCAAGAGCAUCACUCACUUCUUAAGAGAGUGGCUUGUCUAAACAUUUAAAACAAUUCUCAAAUUGGCUAAAUGCCAAUUGAAACAGUUUAAAAUAACUUUACUAAAGUUUAUGGAGCCACUACUGAUCAGCUAGAAAUCAACUCCUCAGUGAUUAGGUUUAGUAAUUCACAAUAUGAUCACAAAAGAUAAAAACUGCUUGUUGUAAGAUCAGCACCAAAGAGACAAAGGGUGGCUUCUGCACAGGGUCUUCAUAGCAUUAAUGCUUAGUUAUUUUUAGAUUAUUUACUUGGCCUUUAUGCUACCCAAUAUUAAAAGCCUUAUGUAGAAUACUAAUCUGCAUCUCUUCCGCUGUGCUUUCUGGAUACAAUUCAUUCCUGUGGAGAUGGCCCAGCAAGGGGCUGAUGCUGUGCAGAGGUCAGCACAACGCCUAGCUCUGUAUAAGCUUUAGUGUCCUGCUGCUGCUGGUUUAUAUAGGUGGAUUUUAUCCGCAUUGUGGGACCAAUUUUUAAUGUGGGAGCAGUAAUUAAAAUUAGAACCUGGUCUCAGAGCUAGUCCUAAAUCUGAAUUCCCCAAGGAAGGUCAGAUCCACAUCAGAACUCUGAUGUGUGGUUAUCUCUCACUAAAGAGAAACUGUUGCACAUAUACCCCUUCCUAAAUAUUCAGCCUUGAAAAUGAAAUUAUUUCUGCCUAAUCACUGUGAAUUGAAUGUAUUCAGUUAAAGCAAAGUUUAUUUCUAUUAUGUAUAACAUCUGUCCAUGCUUGGUGGUGGUGAUCAUGAAUAAACAGACAUUUGAUUCAGCAAUGCUCCUGAGCUACUUUCAUGGCUAAACUUCAGAGCACCAUUCAAUUCACUUAUUUCAGAGUGCUCUUCCCUUUGGAUUCCUAGAACUCUGUUCUCUCAAAUUCCACACUGCAUUCCUGAUUUCACCUCUGAAGUGAGGAGCCCUCUGUGCUGCCACUAACAGCCUGUGCACUUCCGUGCAGUAUGUGCAGAAGAUGUUACAAAAUACCAUGGUCAGAACCUGCCUCAGCAUUUGGAGCAAUCAGGCCUUUGUCACUGCUUGUCUUGAUCCCACUCCCUGGGAUGCCAUGCCAAAUUCAUGGCAGCAAAAGGAACAAAAAUAGCACACGAAGGAAAGCUCUGCUUGCUGCAGCUCCAAGUCAGAUCUUGCAGCAUACUUGGGGGACUAUAAUUCAAAUUUUAAUCAUGUUUUUAAGAAAACUUACAUAACUGUAAUGAACUCAGGCUGCCCAGAGACAUAUCAGCCCUUUGCAAAAUGCUCAUUUAAUUCAGUCUCUCUGUUGUGGGUUAAAUUCUGCCAUAUCCAUGCAGAUUUGAUCCAUGCAUCCUUGUAUCACUGGCUAGAGAGUCUUAGGAACAAGAAGGGAGAGCUUACAGAAACAGUUCUCAGUCUGAGCAGAGAAGAAUCUAAAAUACAAUGCGAAAAUUAGUCCUAAUUUUAAACCUUUUCUUGGCAGCAGAGACAAGCUAGAUCCUCUGUCCUGUGUAUUCAUAAACUGCACCACAUAAAGCAGGAUGGGGUGCAAAUGCAGUUGCAGACUGAUCCUUUGGUUUACCCCUCCCCUGCAGUGAGUGCUCUCUCUCCCCCCUUGGCCACCCCGGGCAGGAGCACUCCCAGGUGGCUCCUGUGUCUACAGAGGGAUUACAGAGGUAGAGCCAGUCUGAGG